GCUCCGGCAGAUCGUCGUUGUUUUUGAUGCUUCACGCACACUGACUGUGGAUCGCCGAUUUAAUACAUAUUCGUGAUUUAUUUAAUUUUGUCUUUUUCUUCACAAUAUAAUAUAUAGACAUUUAUAUUGUAUACAAAAUAUUACACAUUCAUACUUACGUACGUAAUAUAUUUAUUCAUCUCGUUCAUAAAAAAAUUACUUUUUUUGAUCGCCGGAUUAAAAUAUCGAACCUUCUCGUUCGACUGACCAUUGUAUUACGAUUCAGUGUUUUUUGGGUAGUGAUUUACGCGGUGUUCAAGUCUUCAGACAACGCCGCCGCCACCGUCUCCUAUUGUCAAAAUAAUUUGACAAAGAAGCUGUGUCACAAAUCGAACACUGUUAAUCGGAAGAAAAACACUGUAUAGUGGUUUACUUUGUAAUUGUUAAGUUGUAUACACGCAUCAAACAGUUUUUCUUAAUUUCGGUGACUAAUUGAAUAAAUUAUACAAUAUGGGAGCCAGACAAAGCAAAAGAUCUGUUGACAUAUCUGCCGGAGCAACAAAAGCAGAAAAAGUUGCAGCUGGAGAACCUUUGGAAAAUGGAACAAUUACAACUGCUACAGCUGACGAAAAACAAGUGGUUGAGGCAAAUGGUGGAGUAGAAGAAACAACCAAACAGAAUGGAUCAACACCCCACAUAGACGAAAAGGAAACUGCUGAAACCGAAGAUGUCAAAGAACCUGUUAAAACUGAAGUAGAAAUAACCGAAGUUGCGGCACUGAUUUCUGAAGCUAAUGGUGAUGUGGAGACUAUUGCCGAUGAAUUGUCUAAAACUGGAACUGACGAAACAGCUACAGAAGAAGUUCAAGCAUCUGCAGAAAAGAAGCGCAAGAAGAAGAAAUCCUGGUCGUUCAGAAACACCAUCACUAGUUUCUCUAAAAAAGAUAAAUCCAAACCAACAGUUAAGAAAGCAGACGCUGUUGACGUAAAAACCGAAACAGUUGAAGAGGUUGCCGAAGAAGAAACCGUAAAAGAAGUAGCCAAACCAGAACCUGAAUCUGCUGUUGAAAUUCCAAAAGUCACUGAAGAACCUCCCACUGUUGUUGAAAAGAAAGAACCUGAAGCUGUUGAAUUAAAUAUUACAAAUGUUGCUGAAAUUCCGCCUCCUUUACCAAGUAGUCCUCCUCCAGUAGAACCAACCCCCGUUGCACCAACACCAACUAUUGUUGAAACUCCUGCUCCAGUCCAACCUGUGGAACCAGAGGUUGUACAAGCUGAACCUGAGGAUGAAACAGUUGGUGGUGGAGAAGGUUUGGCUGAACCUCCUGAAGGUUUAAAUACAUCUGAUAUUGAAAAAGAAGUGGCUGAGGUACCUUUGGUUAACGGUAACCAUGUUGAAGGUGAAAAAUCCGAGCCUUCCUCACCUGACGUAAAUUCUUUAUCUGAAAAAAUUGAAGCAAUCAAGCUAUCCAACGCAACUGAUAUUAAUGAGGCAACCAAAGAAAUUUCAAAUGAUUUGCAUGAAAUAAAUGGAGUAUGUGAUGCAAUAGCAGUUACAAAUGGUGAUGCUGAUCACAACGAAGGCAAUUAAAAUAUGCUCUACGGUUUAUUUUUAUUAUUAUUAUUCACUAAAUGUAUCGUUGACGUCAGUUAUCGAAAACUACACUAAUGUUAUUACCUACUAUUUUAUGUGAAAAAAAAAAUGUUUUAUUUCAUAAUUCCUCUUUAUUUUUUUGGAAAUCCUACAACUAAAAAACACAUUCCCAUUUUGAUGAUCAUAAAUAAAUUGAUGUAUUAUUCUUUUCAAAUUAUUUUUAUACAUGAUUUUUGUAAAUUGAAAUGAAACAAAUCUCUGCGACAUAAUACUUUUUUGUACAAUUUUUUUUUUAAUCGGCUGUUUAUAAAUAUAAAUAUUUUUUUUUUUAUUAUUAUUUAUUAUUAUAUUAGAUUUUAUACUUAAAAAUAACUAAAUAUAAUAACAUUAGAUUGAAAUUUAAAGUUAAGUCAUUAUAAUAUGAUUUUAUUACAAUAUCUUUCUUUUUUACACAUAUUUGCUCUUUUGAUAAUGAAACGUUACGCUCAAAUUUUUUACAACCAAAAAAACAUUUCCGGACCAAACUUAAUUUUUAAAUAGUUAUUUUUUUUACUAUUUUAUAUGCCUGUAUAUAUUUAUAUAUAAAUAAUAUAAAUAUAUACAAACAAAAAAAAUGACACUACUUGAUCAAAUAUUAACUUCUGUAAGUUUAUUUAUAUUAUAUAUAUCAUUUUUUUUUUAGCAAUUAAUUGUAUUUAUUUUAAUUUAAAAAUAUUUAUAAAACGUUAAGAAAAAUUCUGUUAUUUUUAUUUUCACCCCAAAUUAAAGAUUUAGUGUUAAUUUAAAAAAGAAACAUUGUUGUGAGUUUUAGUUAUAAUAUUAUGAUAUUUUUGGUAUGAGGCAUAAUAUAUGUCCAAUCAUUAUGUGAAACGAAUUAUCGCAUACACGGUACAUUCCAUCUCACAUUACAUCUUCCAAAGGCGAUUCAAACUGUAUAUUAUUUUUGUCUUAUUAUUACAACAAAUUUUACAUUUUAAGUGUAUAGUUACUUCCAUAAAAUUUAGUAAGUGUAAUUUUUUUAAAUGAACAUUUUUUUUAAGUUUAAAACCGUUUGUACUUUUAUAAAAUUUACAAAUUUAGAAGUAGAUAACCAUGGCUUUGUCAUGAGUCAUGACCAAUGUUUUGGUGCAAAUAUAUACUAUUUUUUUUUAAUAAUUAUCAAAUUAAUCAUAUUAUACAUUUUGAUAACUGGUGAGAAUUUAGUGUUGUUGUUUUAAGCUCAAGCCUUUUCGCUCGGUGUAAAAAAAAUAAUAAUAAAUAAUUAUAUUGUAAAAUAUGUUGCUUUUUAGAUUGUUCUUUUCUAUUUAAUUUAAUUUUUUGCUUCAAAAUUAUAUUUGGUUCAUAUAUUAUAGUAUUUUUUUCAAACGGUUUUUUUUAUAAUUAUACAACUUUUAUUCAAAUAUGUUAACUAUAUAAUAGUUAUUACUUAUAGUUAUUAUAGGCAUUGUAUGACGUAUUAUGUUACGUCCACGUUAAACAUACUGUGACGUAAUGUGUA